CGCCUAUAGAGUCGUCUGGAAAAUUGAAUUGCAUUUCCAAACUGAUGACAAAAUUCGCGUCUUUGACCGUGGGCGAUUACUGGCUUUCCGGAACGAACCUGGGGUGCACCUCAAAUUUCAGGUGGUGCACCCUAGACCGCGAUUUCGUCAACCCUGAGCUCAGGUGGAAGGAGGGACACCCGGUGAAAGGCCUAAAUUGCGUUUAUCUCGAGGCGAGAAACGCAUCUUCGCUUCUCGCCACCGCCGACUGCGCCGCGGAAAAGAAUUUUUUGUGCGAUAUUGGGAAAAGUGCGGCCUCGUCUCAGCUCCAGAUCCAAUCUGAAUGCGCAGAAAUUUGGAAUAUUAGCAGCUAUGAAAUUGACUUGCUUUCGAACGAUAGUGGUUUAAGUUCAGCAAAUGUCUCGUUAAAUCUGAAGUGCUUCUUGAAAUGCGUUGGCACCGAGGUUGGAAUGUUUAAAUCCGGCGGAGUGAGCAGCAUUGAAAUGCUGCGUCAAGUAGAAAUCGCCGCUGAAGACGAUCCCGUCAAGAUGGAACACGGAUUCACUGCUUAUGACGGAUGCAGCAGCAAAAGUUUGAUAAUUAUUUAAAAAUAUAUUAUAUUAUGAUUUCAUAGAAUCUGACGACGAGUGCGU